AGCCAACGUCGCUCCAACCUCAAGCGUGGCGAGUGUCUUUCCGGAAGGUUCCGAACGGCUCCGCUCCUUUCGCGAGCCCGAUCCGGGCCUUUCCGAGACCUCCCGAAAGGAGGCAGGAGAACUCCCUCGGCUUUUUCCGACGCCUCGCCUGCUUUUUUCAACGCGUUUCAAGCAGCUGCAGGCUGGUUUGGGAAAUAGAGGCGAGGGUGCUUUGCUUGCACCGUGAGAUGGCGCCAGUCCAGCAGCAGCGGCGGAUUGGAGAGUUUCGGGGCUUUUAAAGAUCAAAAUGGGCUGAGGGACCCCGAGGGAGACGAGAUUUGUUUUAUUUUAUUUUGUUUUGUUUUGCUUUGCUUUGCUUUGCUUUGCUUUGCUUUGCUUUGCUUUGCUUUGCUUUGCUUUGCUUUGCUUUGCUUUGCUUUGCUUUGCUUUUCCACGGGGCUCGAUUUUGCAUCAACAGCUGCAAACAUUCCUCUCGGGUCUGCCAAUCCUGCCUCUUCCUCUGCCGAGUUUCCCCCUCGGCUAGCCCUGUUGAAUGUCUGCCUGCUUGGCAAAAUCCAGCUCCUCCUUUAAACUUUCAAAAGAGAGCCUGUCCCGACCUGAUUCCCAGGCAUUUUAAUUUUAUUUAAUUUUGUUUGCAAUUAUUCGUCUCAUGACCCGUCUUGUUUAUUUUGUUCUUGAUUAGAUCAUCUUACAGUAGUCCAGGCUACUUGUAUGUUUAUUGCUUUUUAGCUAGUUUCUCUCCCCUCCCCCUUUCCCCCCCCCCUUUGCUUGUCGUUUUGUACGCCGUCCAGGAUGAGCUGGGCAGCCAAUCCAUUUCAAUAAACAAGCGAGAGAGCAAAUAAAUAAAGAUUUCCUCCCGGGCUUCCUCCGUUCCCUCUGCCUCUUAAGGUUGGAGGCAGAAUAACCGAAUGGGAAGGGACCUUAAGAGGUCUUCUAGUCCAACCCCCCUGCCCAAACGGGAGACUCAAUAAUCUACCAUUUCGGGCAAAUAAGUGUCCAGUGUCUUCUUAAAAAACCUCCAGUGUUGGAGCAGCCAUAACAUCGGAAAGCAAACCCAUUCUACGCUAGAGUUUCUCCCAAACGUGAAAGCUGAGCUGUCAAGCUUCCCACGCUGUUGUACUUUAAAAAGUUCAAAGAAGAAGCACGCCCGCACGCCCGGCUGGCUGGCUGGCCGCUUUGAUCUUGCAACCAUCCCUUGGCACGUCAAGACAUCUUCCAGGCUGCACAUCUGGAAAGACUCCCGACCGGCCCUUGCCUGCUUCUGCAACCCUGCAGCUGUUUGAGCCUCUUUAGGAAGUGUGUUGUUCAGUCACCGCGCCGCCACUUCGCUCUUUCUUUUUUUUUUUUCCCUCCUUAAAGCAGACUCUGGGCAGCCUCGGCUGCCCCCACAUCUGGGCAGCAUUAGCCCAGCCUCUGACCUGUCAAAGAACAGGCUGCUGCUUGCUUUGCAGGCGAGUUUGCAGCGAGUUCAGACGGAUUUCCUCGAUGGCGUGAGAGAAAGGAACGAGGAAGAUCGCUACAGGGGACGGCUUCUUUGUAGGAGAAGUCUUUUCAAACUGCCUCAGCAUACACACUUUCCUCUUUACGUGCAGGUCCUCAGUGGAUUUCCUACUUUCUCAUGAGGGGAUCAGCUUGAUGCUAGCUGUCAUCUUCCAUUUACAGUAUAUGGAGUCUCUUCAACAGAACCUGUUGGAAUUUAUUUUCAAUACCCACCGAGCUGAGAUCUGAAAUUCAGAACUUGAAAAGACUGAAUUACCAACUACAAAGGCAUGCUGAUAUUUCUCUGCUGGCUGCGACCUUCCUCUGAACGCAGAGAUGUUUCAAGAAGCAUCGCUUGUCUUCCUGCUUCUCUGGCCCAAAUUGGUGUCCUCUACAUGGCAUGCAGAGUCUAGGUAUGCCCCUGAAGAAAGUCAAACGGACGAUAACGCGUAUCUUACGGAAGCCGCCAGUGUACCUGCUCCAGAUCAUCAAGUUCCUCAGUGGUGUCAUCCAUUAAUCAUUUACAAUGGGGAGGCCACCUGCUAUUCACCCCGUGGAGGAAAUUACCGCAGCAGCCUGGGGACACGCUGUGCCCUCUCCUGCAACCGUGGGUAUCGCUUGAUCGGUCCGAGGUCUGUGCAAUGCUUAUUGAACCGCCACUGGUCUGGGAUUAUCUACUGCAGACAGUUGCGAUGUCACAUGUUGCCAGCACUUCAGCAUGGGUCAUACCAAUGCUCCAAUGGAGUGAAGGUUGAUUCUCACUGUGACUACAGUUGCCAGCUGGGGUAUCAUCUGGAAGGUGACCACAGGCGUACGUGCAUGGAAGACGGGCGCUGGAGCGGUAGUGUGCCAAUUUGUGUAGACAUAGAGCCUCCUCAAAUCCGGUGCCCAGAUUCUCGAGAACGAAUAGCGGAGCCUGGCAAACUGACCGCCACAGUUUAUUGGGAUCCACCUCGCGCAAAGGAUUCAGCGGACGGCGUCAUCAAAAAACUGAAACGCCGGGGCCCAGAGCCAGGAUCCGAGUUUUCAGAAGGAGAGCAUCUUAUUCGCUAUGCCGUCUAUGACCAGGCGCACAAUCGAGCCACCUGCAAGUUUUUGGUGAGGGUCCGAGUGAGUCGCUGUCCCACCUUGAAGGCGUCCGAACAUGGCUAUCUCAGCUGCACUUCAGCAGGGAACAAUUAUGGCGCCGUCUGCGAAUACCAGUGUGAUGGAGGCUACGAACUGGAGGGUGCCCAUUCACGGGUCUGCCUGUCCAGCCGCCAGUGGUCUGGUUCUCAGCCCAGCUGCACCCCUAUGCAAAUCAACGUGGACGUCAACUCAGUCACAGGACUUUUGGAUCAGUUUUAUGAAAAGCGCCGGCUGCUGGUUGUCUCGGCUCCUGACUCCUCGGACCGCUACUACAAGAUGCAGAAUGCCAUGUUGCAACAAGCAACCUGUGGGUUGGAUGUGCGUCACAUGACUGUGAUCGAACUGGUGGGCUUGCCACCUCAUGACGUGGGGAGAAUCCGGGAGCUCCAACUCUCCAAAAAGAUAGUUGAAGAACUGAGGCAGCUCCUGCACCUCACUCAUUCUCGCUUCAACGUAGUGUUGAUCGACAAAUACGGCGUAGACCGUGACCGCUACAUUCAGCCAGUGACGCCUGAUGAGCUGUUCUCCUUUGUGGAUAUGUACUUGCUGAGCACCCAGGAACAGCUACAGAAAGAACAGAACAGGGACAUGUGCGAGUGAGAAGGAACUGCCUGUUUGCCUUCGGCCACCAACUUCAACCAGGUGGUCGUUUCACGUUAAGCCUUGGUUAGGGGUAAAACCAAAAAGCAACAGUUGGAUUUCAGCCAAGGUAACAGCAGAAGUUUCUUUUCUAAUCCUUUAAGCAAGAAAGCAGCAUUCUUAUGCCUGGUUAAUAUCUAUCAAUCUUGGAGGCAUUAUUUCAAAGGAGAUGCUUUCUCAAAUCUACAUUUUUCCAUAGAGCACUUAAGACUCUUGUUGCCUGGAUCAUAAUUCUCUUCCCCUCCUAAAGCAGGACGUUGAUGGGCGGACGUUGAUGGGUUUGGUCUCCAUUUCCCAUCAACCUCAGCCAGCAUGAGCAAGGAUUUCCAGAGUUGUGGUUUCACAUCUAGAGCACUUCAGCGCAAGACCAGCUCUAGCAAUGAGAUAACUGGUGAAGAACAAGAUCUUCUGAAUUGUCCUUUCUGCUCUCUUCUUAGCUCGGCUCUUCUUUGGGCAUAUGCCCAAAAGAUAGGGUUCACCAAAAAUUAAGUGAGUUCAAUUACAAACUCGUGAACUACAAUUUUGUUUUUGUUUUUUAACCUACCAUCCUGGUCAAUUAUAAGCCAACGUUCCUGAGUUUUAGGCUCUUCAAUCAGAGAUGAACCAAAACUAAAAUCACAGGGCUUUCCAGUUUCUUAAAGUAGUCAAGCUUACUACUACUAAAAAAAAAAGAUUUUGCAACUUGGAUAUGAUGUCAGGGGAAGAGACCUUCAAAGAGACAGAGCGAGUGGAAAGCAGGGAAGCAAAUCUAGUUACAUGAGCUUAUUUUGCUACGAGAAUAUCAAGGCUACAGGCAGAAGAAAACCAGUGUAAAAGAGAGGCUUAUAGCCCGAUCCUUUCCAAGAUGCUUCUCCAUAGCAGCACCAACAACAUAGCAUGGACUUCCCAGAGACCAGACUGACUCCCCCACCCCCCCGGCUAAUUUUUAGGAAGUUAUCAAAAACAAGAGCUUUUUAAAGGCACAUUUCAAUAGCUUCACCUGUGCCUCUUGUUAUGAUUUCUCAUUGUUUGGGAGAGUUGAAUUGUAUGCUUUUUUUUAAAAAAAAAA